AUGGCGCAUCUUGUGGAAGGAACUUCUAUCAUUGAUGGCACGUGGCAAUUGCCUAUCUUGGUCACGGACAUGAAUAUCCAAAGAAGCAUCUACGUCCGUGGAGACCUUCACAUCGGAGGACUCAUGCUCCAACUUGUAAACGAAUGUGACACCGAACGUGAUUGGUCGGACCAUGCUCUUUGGUGGCCAGAGAAAAGAAGAUGGCUGCAGCACACUCGAUCGACACUUGACCAGAAUGGCAUCACUGCUGAAACACAAUUGGAAUUCACUCCGAUGCAUAAAGAAGCGAGAAUUCAACUUCCCGAUAUGCAAAUGAUUGAUGCUAGAGUUGAUUUCUCGGUCAAUUCAUUUAAAGCCACAAAGAAGUUAUGCAGAGAUUUGGGCAUUCGGUAUUCGGAGGAGUUGUCUUUGAAGAGAUACAUCCCACCUGAGGAUCUCCGUCGUGGAACAUCCGAUGCUGACAAUCUCAACGGACCAGUUUCAAUGCGUCCAGGAGAGGAAUCAGUUGGCCCAAUGACCCUCCGUAAAGCCACUCCAAUCUUCGCAUCCCAAUCGAAUCUCGAUAUGCGUCGACGUGGACAGUCGCCAGCUCUCUCCCAAUCUGGGCAUAUUUUCAAUGCGCAUGAAAUGGGAACCCUUCCUCGUCACACAUCCACACUGCCACGUGGAGUGAGUCCAUCACCUGGAGCUUACAAUGAUACGAUGAGAAGAACACCGAUUAUGCCAAGUAUCAGUUUCAGUGAGGGACUUGAAAAUGAGCAGUUCGAUGAUGCUCUGAUUCACUCACCGAGACUUGCUCCAAGCAGAGAUACUCCGGUGUUCAGACCUCAAAACUAUAUUGAGAAGGCUGCGAUCAACAGAGGAUGGUUGGAUUCUAGUAGAUCACUCAUGGAGCAAGGAAUUCAGGAAGGAGAAAUUGUGCUACUCCGGUUUAAGUUUAUGAACUUCUUUGACUUGAAUCCAAAAUAUGAUCCAGUGAGAAUCAAUCAAUUGUACGAGCAAGCUAAAUGGAGUAUUCUUCUCGAUGAAUACGAUCACACCGAAGAAGAAGCAACCCUUUUCGCUGCUCUUCAACUCCAGGCAACUCUCCAAAGAGAUUCUCCAGAACCUGAAGAUAAUAACAAGGAUGAUGUGGAUAUUCUUUUGGAUGAACUUGAACAUAACCUUGAUGCUGCCGCUUUGAACAGACGGUCUGAUCUCACACAAGUUCCCGAGCUGGCUGACUACUUGAAGUAUAUGAAACCAAAGAAGCUAGCCGCAUUCAAGGGAUUCAAGAGAGCCUUCUUCUCAUUCCGUGACUUAUAUCUUACCUACCACCAGAGCUCAUCAGAUGUUAACUCGAAUCCUCUGGGACAAUAUUCACUGAAAGGGUGUGAAGUUAGUCCCGAUGUCUCAGUGAGCCAACAGAAAUAUCACAUCAAGUUAUUACUUCCAACUGCCGAAGGAAUGGUUGAUUUCAUUUUGAAAUGUGAUUCUGAGCAUCAAUAUGCCAGGUGGAUGGCUGCUUGUCGGUUAGCUUCCAGAGGUAAAUCAAUGGCUGAUUCUUCAUAUCAACAGGAAGUUGAAAGUAUUAAGAACUUGCUGAAAAUGCAGAGUGCUAAUGGCAACGAAAAUGGAAACAACACAGCCUCCCGAAAAACGAACGCAGUGAAGCUUCCAAAUGAUUUCAACGUUGAAGAAUACAUUUCAUCGAAAUAUGUCAGAAGGGCAAAGAGCAAACAGUCCAUUCAACAACGAGUAUCAGAUGCUCAUGGAAAUGUUCGACAACUCACUGCCACUGAAGCCAAACUACAGUACAUCAGAGCGUGGCAAGCACUACCAGAACACGGAAUUCAUUAUUUCAUUGUGAGAUUCCGAAAUGCUAGAAAAGCUGAGCUGGUGGCUGUUGCUAUCAAUCGGUUAGCCAAAUUGAAUAUGGAUAAUGGAGAGAGUUUAAAGACGUGGCGAUUCUCGAAUAUGAAGAAAUGGCAUGUCAAUUGGGAGAUUCGGCAUUUGAAGAUCCAAUUCGAAGACGAAGAUAUCGAAUUCAAGCCGUUAUCCGCUGAUUGCAAAGUCGUACAUGAGUUCAUUGGAGGUUACAUUUUCCUUUCAAUGAGAAGUAAAGAACAAUCUCAAACUCUCAACGAAGAACUUUUCCAUAAGCUUACUGGAGGAUGGGCGUAA